AUGUCAUGGAAUAACUCAUCUCCCACAAACCAGAGGAAAUGCAAUUGUGGAUUAUCUUUAGCAAAAUUGACUUCUUGGACAAAUGAGAACCCUGGGAGGAAAUUUUUGGCUUGCAAGUUAUAUGACCCUAAAACUGAAACAAGGGGGUGCAAGGCUUUUGAAUGGGUGGACAAUGAAGAUGGUACUGAUUGGCAAAGAGUUGUCAUUAACCAACUGCUCCUUGACAAAAAGUUUAUGAAAGGUGAAAUCAACUCUUUGAAAAGGGAUGUGGAUGACUUGACUGGCCAGAGAAGAUGUUUGCUUAAUGAGGUUGACACCUUACAACUGAAAUGCAAGGCCCUCACUGGUGAUAGGAAGAAAUUGAUCAGAAGCAGUGGUUGUGACAACAAGCUCCAAGUUUAUUUAGUUGUGUUGUGUUCAGUUUUGUUGGUUGUCCUAGGUUAUCUUGUAAUGAAUAAAAUGGUUUAA